UUUGUCGUGCGAGAGACCUGGGUUCGAUUCCCAGCGCGAGCGGCAAAUUCUCGUAGCUCCUUACUUUUUUUUCUACGUUUUUGGGCUACAGAAUAAUCAAUGACAUUAUUUUUACUGUAACAACUAGGAUGACUAUUCCAAAAAGAGCGGCAGAUUACAAAACACAAACUUACUGGAACUCUCGUUUUCAAACCGAAGAUAGUUACGAGUGGAUGGGAUCUUUUGACGCUUUUGCUGCGGACCUCUGUUCGUUGCUAGAACCUGAGUUUUCAAUAUUGGUCUUGGGUUGUGGGAGUUCUAGUCUUUCCUACGAUUUGUAUCAGAGAGGUUAUCACAAAGUUACUUCUAUUGACUUUAGUGACGUAGCAAUUGAUAAUAUGAAACGGCGCUAUGCCUCCGUUCCUUGCUUGAAGUGGGUACUUGGGGAUGUUCGGGAGCUGCCACAGAUUUUCGAGUGUGAUCAGUUCGAUGUAGUUGUUGAUAAAGGUACUUUUGAGUCUUUGAUUGCUGAUGAAGGAGAUCCCUGGAAUCCAAGUGAUACGACGAAAAAAGACGUGGACCUUAUGUUGUCAGGAAUUCAAAGAAUUUUACGCCCGAAAGGCUUUUAUUUCCAUAUUUCAUUUAUUCAGCCUUUCUUUAGGUCUAGAUAUUUGCGAAAAUUGAAAGAGGAAAAAAACGAGAAUCCAUAUGGCUUGGACUUGAUAUCUAUUCAUUCCAUUCCAGUCGGGUUGGGCUAUUAUAUGUACACGAUGUCUAAAAUGGAUCGUCAAUGUUGGACACAACCAAGCAACGCUUAGUCGUCCAAAUAUCAGCUCGCUAUGUUUUCAUGGGUUGAUAACAUUUGAAAACUUUUGCCCUUCCAUUAGGAACGAUAGAAUAUCUCAUACUUGUCCAUCAACGAAUCAACCAACCCAUUGUAGAAUGCAGCAAUCUCGUGGCAAAAUGUCGGAAGAAAGCUCCUCCAGAGGAUGUUCUAGUUGGUUAUUCUAGAGAUACAACGAACCAAUUGUUGUUAUUCAGCCAUUUUUCUGCAAGUAUAAGAAAUAUAUGUUUUGUUACAAGAGACUGCCAAGGUUGCUAUCCACUGAGAAGACAGUGCAGUCCCUAACAUCCCCCACCUCCUAUUUAUUUUGCAAAAGUUGUUUUCUAUAAUUAUAGAAUAUAUUAAAAACUAUCAUGAAAAUACUUUUGUUUACAUUUGCUUUUCCUCUUCAUAGAAGGAGUUUGUAAUUGAUCGUUUCUAU